AUGAACUCAGGGGCAUUCUUACUCCCACUCAAAUUGCUACUUUUCUCAUUGGUCUUGAAAAAGUAUGGCAUUUUCAUCUAAUUAUCAUAGAACAAAUUCUAAAAAGAAAUGAGUAUAUCUAAUCUCUGGAAAAUUUUUGAUGAAGAGUUCGAAACUGAAGUCAAAGAAGAAGAUUCACCUCAAUAGGAAACUUAAUAAAAAAAAAUACAUCUAUGA